CAAAACAAACACGUCGUAUAGUUGACACGUCUAUACCGCAACCACAGUUUCUUAAGCAAGUAUUAACAAUAACAAACACGUCACUACAAGAGCACAUCAGCAGUAAACAUAUCAAUAAUUCAUUCCAUCCAAUUAACUAUGACCAAUCAAAACCCAAAACCAAGCUCAACUAUCAGUAA